CAAAUUCUAGACGACGACUCAUUCAAUUGAGCGAUACUUGAUUUGUUUUCAUGGAGAUAAUGAAAAACCUCAGCGCCAAUGGAUUAUUGAUAUCGUUUAUACUGUUUUGUAGCUGGCAGUGGCAGGUUUCCGAUGCUUCAGGAACUUUCGGAUUCGAUUUUCAUCAUAGAUAUUCAGAUGCUGUUAAAGGUAUAUUGGACUUGGAUGGAUUGCCGGAAAAAGGAACAAUCGAUUACUACGCCGCCAUGGCUCAUCGCGAUCGCUUUAUUCGCGGCCGUAAUCUCGCAGAAACCGCCUCUAAUUCGUCAAACCUCGUCUUCGCUAACAGUAACUUUACUCACUUUUCGCCUGCUCUAGGAUUUUUACAUUACGCCAAUAUUACAGUAGGAACACCAAAUCUUUGGUUUCUCGUUGCUUUGGAUACUGGAAGUGAUUUGUUUUGGCUUCCCUGCAAUUGUACCAAUUGUGUGCGUGGUUUGAGAACAAGAAAUGGCGAAAUAAACUUCAACAUGUACAGUCUGACCACAUCAUCAACAGGCUUAAAAACCCCUUGUAACAGCACAUUCUGUGGAGGAAGAUCAGGACAGUGCCCAUCGCAAAGUUCAUGUGGUUAUAAAAUUCAAUAUCUAUCUAAUGGUACUUCAUCUUCCGGGAUUUUGGUGAAUGAUUUUCUACACUUGGCUACGGAUGACAGUAAAUCGAAUGCGAUUGAUGCCCCUAUAACAUUUGGAUGUGGAAUUGUUCAAACUGGUUCUUUCUUGCAAACUGGUGCUCCCAAUGGUUUAUUUGGAUUAGGGGUUGAAGAUAUAUCUGUUCCUAGCAUUUUAGCUAGUCAAGGACUUACUGCAAAUUCUUUCUCUAUGUGCUUUGGAACUGAUGGUCCUGGAAGGAUUAGUUUUGGGGAUAAAGGCAGCAAUGAUCAAUCAGAGACUCCAUUCGAUUUCAACCAGCCACAUCGUUCUUACAACGUUAGUGUGACCGGUCUCACAGUCGAGAAGAAAUUCAGUGAUGUUAACUUCACUGCCAUAUUUGAUUCUGGAACUUCAUUCACUUUCUUGAAUGAUCCAGCUUAUACUGCUCUAUCUGAAAGUUUCAAUUCUGAGGCUCUUGAUAAACGAUAUCCAACUGAUUCAAACAGUAUCCCUUUUGAGUAUUGUUACUCCAUAAGUGCGAAUCAAACCAUUAUGUUUCCAGAAAUUAAUUUGACAAUGAAAGGAGGAGAUGUGUUUAGUGUUCUUGAUCCCAUAGCAUUAUUUAGUGAUGAUGCUGGGACAUAUAUAUACUGCCUUACUGUUAUCAAAAGUGGAGAUAUAAACAUUAUUGGACAAAAUUUCAUGACUGGUUAUCGAGUGAUUUUCGAUCGAGAGAAGAAGGCGUUGGGGUGGAUUGCUUCGGAUUGUUACAACAUUCGUGGUUCGAGUACCACAUUUGUCAAUCCGAGGAAUACAACAACAGCAGUUUCUCCUUCUCCAUCCUCUGUGAAGCCAGAAGGCGCAAUUGUGCCUCCGCCUCCUUCGAGUAAUGAUGCUUCAAUCACCAGAAACUCUUUGGUUUGGGAAUUUUUGUCAAUUUUGGUAAUGUUCUUUAUCCAUGUUUUCUAUUAGAUAGACUAGAUUAUAUAUUUUUUUGUAAUGUUUUACAUAUAAAUUAUGUUACUUGAUGGAUCACAAUCACAAUGUAUUUUAUAUGUUGUACACGUUUAUUUUCA